CCAAGCAAGUAUGUCCAGCUGAAAAAAUUAGCUGUGGAGACUUAAGCAACAAAUGUAUACCGUCGUCCUGGAGAUGUGAUGGGCAGAAGGAUUGUGAAAGUGGUAUUGAUGAGGCUGGUUGUACUCCUGCCUGUUCUCCCAAUGAGUUCCAGUGCAGUAACAAGUCAUGCAUCUCCAUCAUCUUCGUGUGUGAUGGUGACAAUGACUGCGGGGAUGGCAGUGAUGAAAGAAAAUGCUCCCCUCUGACCUGCAACCCCAAUGAGUUCCAGUGCAACAACAGCGUGUGCAUCCCGGAGUCGUGGGUCUGCGAUAACCAGCCAGACUGUGAGGAUCAGUCAGACGAGUCUGUAGAGCAGUGUGGAUACAAUGCCAAGGCCCUCAACACCUGCGCGGCUCAUGAGUUCCAGUGCAGCAAUGGUGAAUGUAUCCACCUGAACUGGAAGUGCGACGGGGAUGAAGACUGCAAGGACAAGUCUGAUGAGCAGGAUUGCCCUCUGGUGACCUGCCGGCCGGAUGAAUUCCAAUGUGGCGAUGGGACCUGUAUCCACGGAGCAAAGCAGUGUGACAAGGUGCAUGACUGUCCUGACAACAGCGACGAGGCAGGCUGCAUCCAAGAGUCAGCAUGUGAAAGUCCCAGCAAGUUUCAGUGUAAGAGUGGAGAGUGCAUUGACGGAGGCAAAGUGUGCGAUUCACAUAGAGACUGCAGGGACGGGUCUGACGAGCCUCUGAAAGAAUGUGGUAUUAAUGAAUGCUCUAUGAACAACGGUGGUUGCUCACACAUAUGCAAAGACUUGAAGAUUGGUUAUGAAUGUGAAUGCCCGCUCGGAUACAAGCUUCUGGAUAAAAAAACGUGUGGAGACAUAGAUGAAUGUGAGAAUCCAGACGCUUGUAGCCAGAUCUGCAUUAAUUACAAGGGGGACUACAAAUGCGAGUGCUACGAGGGAUAUGAGAUGGACACCCUGUCCAAGAACUGCAAAGCUGUAGGCAAGAGUCCGUACCUGAUCUUCACCAAUCGCCAUGAGGUCCGUAAGAUAGACCUGGUGAAAAGGGACUACUCCCGCAUCAUUCCCAUGCUGAAGAAUGUCGUGGCACUGGAUGUGGAGGUGUCAACAAACAGAAUAUAUUGGUGUGAUUUGUUCUACCGAAAAAUCUACAGUGCCUACAUAGACAAAGCGAGUGACACAGCUGAGCAGGUGAUUUUGAUAGACAGCCAGCUGAACUCUCCUGAAGGACUGGCAAUAGACUGGGUUCAUAAGAAUAUCUACUGGACAGAUUCGGGAAACAAGACCAUCUCAGUGGCCACUGCAGAUGGAAGCAGGAGGAGGACACUUUUCAACAGUGACCUCAGUGAGCCAAGAGCUAUUGCUGUUGAUCCCACACGGAGGUUCAUGUACUGGUCUGACUGGGGAGACAAAGCUAAGAUCGAGAAAGCUGGCCUGAAUGGCAUGGGGCGGCAAGUGCUGGUGACUGACAACAUUGAGUGGCCAAAUGGCAUCACACUUGAUUUGCUGAAUCAGCGUCUCUACUGGGUAGACUCCAAAUUGCAUUCACUGUCCUGCAUUGAUUUCAAUGGCAGCAACAGAAAAGUUCUGAUCUCCUCUGUUGACGAUUUGAGCCAUCCUUUCGGCUUAGCAGUGUUUGAGGACAGAGUGUUCUGGACUGACCUGGAGAACGAAGCAAUCUUCAGCGCAAACAGGUUAAGUGGCUUGGACAUCUCCAUUUUGGCAGAAAAUCUCAAUAAUCCUCAUGACAUCGUGGUAUUUCAUGAAUUAAAGCAGCCCAAAGCUCCAGAUUCUUGUGAGCUCAGCCCCCAGCCAAAUGGAGGCUGCGAGUAUUUGUGUCUUCCUGCACCUCAGAUCUCUCCCCAUUCUCCCAAAUAUACAUGUGCCUGUCCUGACAAUAUGUGGCUGGGUCCUGACAUGAAAAAAUGCUACAAAGAUCUUCCAACUACUUCAAUUACUGUACUGGUUUCUACAACUGCAGCAUCCCGUACUGCCAGUACCACAACCAUUGCAGCUGUAAUUGGCAGUGCCAGUAACACCACUGAAGUCGUCCCCAAAGCUGUAUCAGAAGCUACCAUUACCACCCCAAGUUUUCAUUUACCUUCCGCCACAUCCAUCCUUAUAGAUUCUGAGAUGACCACUGGAAACAGCAAUUUAUCACAGCACUAUGCAAAUAAUGACCAAGGCUUUGAUUCAACUGUGACAGCAGCUGUUAUUGGAAUUGUCAUUCCUGUCGUGGUCAUUGGCUUGCUGUGCAUGGGGGGAUACCUCAUCUGGAGAAACUGGAAACGGAAGAAUACUAAAAGCAUGAAUUUUGAUAAUCCAGUGUAUAGGAAGACAACGGAAGAGGAAGAUGAAGACGAAAUCCACAUUGGGCGGACUGCCCAAAUUGGACAUGUCUACCCAGCACGUGUAGCGUUAAGCUUAGAAGAUGACGGGUUGCCAUGAGGAUGAAGUUGCUGCUCCAAAUUACCACACUCAACAAAUUUGCUUUGAAUCACAGAACCUGCUUCUUCUUUUUAAUCAUUAUUUAUGUUGCAGAAGGGUAACCACAAAGUUAUAAUGAACUGCAGACAUCCAAAGGAUGUGAGAGUUUUGUAUGUAUAAUCUUUUAUACACAUUUUAACUUGUUGCACUACCCAUUUGUGAUAGUGAAUAAGCGACAGCUGAGCUACUAACUCAAUGUACAUAACCAGCCAGGCUGAAGGUUCAGUAGCUAUUGCUUUAUUUUAAGACUAUAUUUAUAGAUAUUUUGUAAAUAUGUUGAAUAUGCUUUGUGGCUAUCCAUCAACAUAAGUAAAACAAAUUCUGUACAGGCAGUUUAGAAAUAUUUAUUAACAAAAUCUGGAUUAUAAGAUCUGUUCUGUAAAUAUAGUAGAGGGGUGAGAGUAUUUAUUUUUUGUAUGUUUGGCUUGCUGUGCAUAGAUUAUCUGUGUAUAUAUCUAUCUAGGCUAGAUAGAUAUAUAGGCAUAUAAAUAUAUACAUAUAU